CAGGUUAUAGUUACAUUGGUUUUUCGUCUCCAUGAGUGCGCAUUUCUAUAGCAUUUCUAUAGCAUGACCUCGCAGCCAUUUUCACGGUGACGAUGGUGGCGGCGUACAAGGCGAGUGAGAAGCGCUGGAAGCGCGCGACUGACGAGGAUCUGUUACACGACGCGGCAUUGCUGGACCCGCGCAACCUCAGCAAGGAGCAGCAGGCGAAAGUGCAGCGCAUCGGCUCAUGGAAAUGGAACCCGGAGGACGAAGAGCGACCCGUACUUGCAUUCGAUGACUUUGGCGCCUCACAUCGCGGCUUCUGCGUGAUACCUAACGCUUUUGACGGCAAGACACAACUUCGUUUUGCCUACGCUUGCCUGACCGAGUUCACGGAGGAACCACACACGACCAACAUGCAUCUGCAGAACCAGCAAGUACAAAAUAUUUGGCGUAAGGCGUGUGAGUCGCACCCACAAAACCCGACCGAGUCUCCUCUGCUCGCGAAACUUUGCUGGGCCGCCUCAGGAUACCACUACGACUGGACCGCGAGGAAAUACCAUAAGGGCAGCUUUUCCCCCGUACCUGAGUUGCUGCAACAGCUUGGUGCAAAAUGCGCUGCAGCAUGUGGUAUGACGCUGGCGGCCGAGGCGGUGAUUGUCAACUAUUACAAGACCAAGUCGGCCAUGGGCGGUCAUCUCGACGACGUCGAAUACACGAUGGAUCAUCCCGUGGUGUCGCUGUCGCUCGGUAGUAAGUGCGUUUUUCUCUUGGGCGGGCACACCAAGGAUGAGCCACCGUUAGAGAUUUUGCUACGAAGCGGCGAUAUCGCAAUAAUGGGCGGAGCAUCCCGGACGUGCUACCACGGAGUGGCUCGCGUGCUGCCCACUCCGUUCAGCGUAGAGGACAAGGAACUCGACGCGCUUCUGCAGAGUGGCGGCAGUCGUGAGGAAUACGAAGCCGUUCGCACGUAUUUGAGCUCGCAACGCAUCAACAUCAACGUCCGGCAAGUGUACCCACUGGACCCUGCUGAUGCGUCGUCCACAGAUUGAGUAACUGCAGGCUGGAUAAUAGAGAUCUACCAGUAUGAAUGCAGCCCGCCUCAAUGUUACAGUUGGGAAUCUGCACGCAAUAACGGCGCUGCAAGUGAGUCAGUUGCAAACAAGCAUCUACCUCUAUCUGUUGUCACUGUUGAUGAUCCGUUUGGAGGGCUGUUGAAGUUGUUCACUUGAUAUAUCUGUCGCUGCGUACUGGGGUUGCCAGUGCGGGCCAAGUGAGGUUGCGACUGUAAAAUAUGACCAGAGACUAAUGGAUGGUAAGCCACGUGCGUCAUUUUCAUGGUCGCCACCUUCUUGACUAGUACUACUGAAGUAAGUAUACCUGAGUUCACGAAAACUAAUGGUCGCUACAGUAAGUUCCACCAAUUAGACCCUAACAAUUCGG